AUGACCCUAGAUGCCUUCCGUAAAACCUCUAGAGAAGUCAUUGCUAAGAGAUUGAAGCUAAUUGAUGUCCGACAGAAGUCUGGUACGCCCUCGGAGAUCAUAGAAGCAAUGUAUAUCAAAGAUUCUUGGAAGUAUGUCUUCUCACUAUUUAAGAACAAGCGGCUUUUUGCAGAGUAUUCAGAUUACAAAAUCGACGAACCCACAAAUUAUAUCUUCAAUCAUUUCGUCGAGAUAAACCGAUCCUACCUACUUUCCUACACUAAAAGGAUAUGGCUUGCCCCAGGAACAUAUAAUCUAAACAUAGGACUUGUGGUAAAGUCGGGGAGCGGUCUUGGAACGACCAAGUUUGACUUAAAGUACUACGAUUCAAAUGGGAAUGCAAUCGUUCAAACUUUUUAUCCUCCUUCAAAUAUCAACGAAAUCCUUCCCAAGCGGCAAUUCUGCUUCCUUAAAAUUGGCGAGUUUCUGGUGAAUGACCCGACGCCUGCUGCUGGUGAACGUCAAGACAAGCAGCACAGUAAGCUCCAAAGGUUGGAGCUAACUAUGGAAGAGAUUGGCCUCUAUCUUAAGUCGGGGUUCAGAAUAUUCUUCAUCGAUAUAUCUCAACCAUCGAUGUUGUUUAAUGAUUAUGAUCUUUUAUUUUACAGCUGUCAGGAGACCAAUUAUAAGUAUUUUAUUAAUUUGCCUUUAAAAAACUUUUAUAAGGCAUUGAAUCAUGUUCAGAAUGGAGGACUGGAGAACGAUGGUAAAAUAUCAUACGGAACAGGUGAUCCGGAGGAUAUCGCUGAUCAGUAUGACAAUGAGUUCCCAGAGAAUAUCGCUUCUGACAACAUAUCACAUGAAGAGAAUUUGAUGGAAUACGCCAAUUUCUUCUUCCAUAAUACAUACAACCGAAGAUACUACAAAUUCAACACUGUUUAUCAAAGGCGGCAGUUUGUUAACCGAUUUGGGGAUUUUGAAUUAGAUGAUCGUGAAGGUGAUCCUCGCAAACGGCGAUGUUCCUACGACAGGAAAGAUAUCAAAUGGAGGAUACCCAUCAUCGGCGAGCUUUAG